CUUGACAGCUCCUGGUGUCGACUGUUCAUUAGCAGACCGGACAUAGAUAACCACAAUUAAAUUAAAGCAAUUCCAGAGAGCGGGGAAAAGAUCGAAUCAGUAAGGAAAUUUUGCCUUCGAGUGGCUGAUGCCUCUAAAUAAAUCGCAUGCGAGCGUGAGGACAUAUCCGUGCUCUUAUUUUAAUCAUGACAUUACGUUUUUCGUCCUUCACCAUCCAAGACAUCCUCACCGGACGCGGUGUCCGGGGGAAGUCCUGUACCAGGAGUACAGAGGAGCUCUACGCACAAAAGCACAGCAUCUGCACCGGGCAUGAUACGAGAGUCCCCGAUCUGUCUCACCAAGACGUAGAUGAGAACCGCAUCUACCGGGAGAGACUUCCUGCUGAUCUCAGGCUGUCUGUUGGAAAUGUCCGAUCUGAUACCUACAACGAGGAGGCCACAGGAGAGGAGACUGAGCUCAGAGAAGACCAGCAGCCACACGACGUGGAGCAGGAUAAACGGCAGAAAGAGGAGGAGGAGGGAUGUCACCACGGCGGGGAGACGGUCAGCUGGUCGUCCGAUAAGCAGCAGUGCAGGCCGGGUACGAAGAAGCGCUCCAGGGCGGCCUUCUCUCAUGCACAGGUCUACGAGCUUGAGCGCCGGUUCAACAGGCAGCGCUAUCUGUCAGGUCCUGAACGGGCCGAUCUGGCAGAAACUCUAAAACUCACAGAGACCCAGGUGAAAAUCUGGUUCCAGAACCGGAGAUAUAAAACCAAACGGCGCCAGAUGGCGGCCGAGCUGGCGGCGUGCAGCUCACCAAAGAAAGUAGCGGUACAAGUGCUGGUGAGGGACAAUCAAAAGCAGUACCAUCAAGCGAAUGGAGUACACAUCCCGAUGACUGUGCCCCUGUACCACCAGGCCUACCAGUACCUGGGACAAGUGUCUCUCCCAACUCAAGGUGUUGGCAGCUUUCUGUACAGUCAAUAGAUCACCCUCUCCUGUCAAACGGACUGAGAUUCUACAGGUUCUUUUGUUUGCCGUUUGUUUUCAAUUAGGGUUCCGUAUUGUCUUAUAACUAGAAGCCAGUUUAGCUAUAGGCUUCAUAAAAUGUGUCUCACAAUGACUAAACAUGGAGAUAUUCUAUAAGUUGUUAAAAUCAAGGAAAUUAAAAUAAUUAACGCAACAAGUGUUAGCCUGCAGUGAAGAUUAGUGUGGGCAUGCAUCACAAAGCUAUACACUGUCAAUUAGGCUAAUGUGUGUGAAGACUUUCUUUUUUUUUUAAAUUUAAGACAAAGUGUGUGUAUGGUUAUUAUUUUGUAAUGAUUUACAAAAAAUAAUAAUGUAAAGGCUACAUACGACUUGUUCAAACGUUCUUGUGGGCUGACAUUUUUUUCAUUUCAUAUUUCAGCAUUCCCAUGCAGGGUUGAUUAAAAAAGGUGGUAAAUUAUUGUUAUAGUUUGAUUAUACCAUCUUAAAUGAUUUAUGUUUUUCAUUUUAUUUUACUGGUGGAAUGAGUUUUACUAACACAGUGCUACAUUUUGAGAUAUAGAAGGAGGAUAUUGUAGUUUUUUUCUAAAUCAAGGGCAAGUUAGCAAUUAAAUAUUAACAAUGCUGGAAAAUGUGUUUUAAUAAAAAAAAAAAAAAAAAAAAACUUAAAUUUAAGAUUGAAUAC